AUGUCUCCACAGGACACCUCCCGACCUGGUUCCCCAGGCAAUCAUGAUGGAAGAAGGAGUGUGGGACAGCUCCAGCUGGAUGAAGAACGCGCUCCAGGAAACAGUACCACUUCCAAUGCGCUACCUCGUACAGAUGGAGGCUGGGGGGCGUGGAGCUACCUGGCAAGUGCAACCGCUCUGGAUACUCUCAUAUGGGGUUUCGCAAACUCGUAUGGAGAUACAGUAUUUUUAGAUCAUUAUAACACAAUAUACCCUAAAUCAUCUGGUCUUCUACCCAUCAUAGGUACAAUCUCUAUGGGAAUCAUGUAUCUGUUAUUAGCGCCGUUCACAUUAUACCUUACGUCCCAUCCUCGUCAACGACAAAUUGCAACAUGGCUCGGUCUUGUUAUACUAUCCGCAGGACUCAUAGGUGCUGCUUUUGCUGAAACGGCUGGUACUCUUGUCCUGACGCAAGGAGUGCUGUACGGUAUCGGUGGAAUCCUACUUUGGUGCCCAACUACGAACUACAUGUUUGAAUGGUUCUCAAAUCGCCGAGGAUUGGCUGCCGGGAUCAUGCUCUCAGGAACAGGUGCUGGCGGACUGAUACUGCCUUUGAUCUCCAUCGCGAUGCUAGAGAAGUAUGGCAAACGCACUACCCUUCUAUCAAUGGGCAUCACAUUCAUGAUUAUCUUGGCGAUAUUGAUUCCAUUCAUACGACCGCGACUCCCUCCUUCACAUAGUGCCGCGACUCGCAGACCUAAGAUAGACUGGGAAUUCAUCAAACAUACGCCAUUCUGGCUUCUAUGGAUUGGUGUACUUUUUCAAGGGUGUGCAGCUUUCUUGCCAACCACCUAUCUCCCUUCGUACGCCACCGCUCUGUCGUUAUCGCCAACGAUCGGGACUGUUUCAAUAGCAAUGAUGAACACUGCUCGUGUGCCAGCACAGACCUUCCUUGGUCAUUUAGCAGACAAAAUGGGAGUCAGGAAAUUGAUCAUUGGGAUGGCUUUGGCAUCUGGAAUAACAGUGUUCGCCGGUUGGGGUGCAGCUAAAAAUACUGGAGGUCUGAUAGGGUUCAGUAUCGCGUUUGGAAUGUUUGCAGGUAGCUAUACUGCUUUACUUUCAAGUUUUACAAAAGUUCUAAAUCAUGAUGACCCUCACUUACCUGCGAUACUAUACGGUCUGUUCUACGCUGCUAGGGGAAUAGGUUCAAUUAUAUCUGGUCCCAUCUCAUCUGCUCUAAUGUCUUCUACCCCCUUCUCUCACGCCAAAGGUGGAUAUGGUGUACAAAGCUAUGGCGCCUUGAUUCUUUGGACUGGAGCAGCAAUGACAUUGAGUGGUAUUGGAGCUGGAUAUAAGACUUUCCAAGAAGAUUGA